AUGAAGAUUUUUAAAAGCAUUGCAUACCGAAAAUGUGGUGUGAAAUACUGCAGAAAUAAAAGUUCGGUACAUUCGAAUGAACUGAGUUACUUUACAUUACCAAAGGACUCAGAAGGGCGUGCAAUGUGGAUUGAAAAUUGUAUUUCUGAACUUGCUAAUAAAAACAUUCAGGUUAAAGAUGUUCGUAUAUGUCGAGAACAUUUUGAAAACAAAAUGUUUUUGAAUGUUCUUACAAAAAAACGGUUAAUUGAUUAUGUUGUUCCUACACUCUGUAAUGAUGACAUAUUGGCUAAACGAGCGAAUUUUAAUGAGUCAGAUAAUACUUUGGAUUUAUUAGCUUACCUUUAG